AUGGAGAACCCAAAGCAAGUGACAGCUGAUACUCUUUUAAGAAAUUGGCGUUUUUUGGUAUAUUUUAACAGUAGAAAUUCAAUAAACAAUAAAUUGUCUAAAAUAAAAGCCUAUAUUAAAACAGUGCAAGUUUUUCCAGGAAUUGCAAUUUCCACAACUGCUACAUUGACAGCAAUUGUAGAAAUUCCAAUGUUGUACAAUUACAUGCAUCACGUUCCAAGUUCCUUUCAAACUGAGGUCGAUUUCUGCCAACAUCGGACUUUGGGAUGACCCUACACUAUGGAGAUAUCUUGAGAAAGAUGCGUCGUCAGAAUAACGUCGAUGAAGAGGAAGUCAUCUACGUUGAUGAGGAUGGAAAUGAGAUGGAGGAUCAAUAAGGCUGCUCCACAAGCCCAAACCCAAGUUUCCGCUUUUUUCUUCACCUCUAGCCAUGCCUCCGGAUCUUGCUGUUCUUGCGGUGUGGGGGCUGCUGGACCACCUGGAGCCCAGGACAAGAUGGAGCUCCUGGAAAUGAUUGAUCUUCUGGAGCACCGGGACAUCCUGGACAAGAUGCUUUAGAUGACUCUCAAUAUGGACCAAAUUCCUUCUGCUUCGACUGUCCUGCUGGACCACCUUCUCAGGCCAACCAGGAUCCAAUGGAAACGCCGGAGCUCUAGGAACACCAGGACAAGUCAUUGAUGUUCCAGGACCUUCAGGACAAGCCGGAUCUUCCCAGCCAGGAGCCCCAGGACCCAAAGGAGAAGCCGGAGCACCAGGACAGCUAAGAGCUCCAGGACAACAAGGAGAGCCAGGAGAGGAUGGAGAGAGUGGAUCCGAGGGAGCUUGUGAUCACUGCCCACCACCAAGAACUGCUCCAGGAUAUUAAAG